CCAGAAGACCACAUCACUAUAUAUCUGGAUCAAAUUAAAUAGCUGGCUUCUCAGCUGAGGAAUCAACCAUUGAUCAGGAGAUUGAGAGUGAUCAUCGAUCGGUUGCUUGCUCGCCAUGGGAAUCUGUUUUGGAGCUCCUGUCAAUCAUAGUUCAGCAUCUACAACCAAGCCGGCUACCCUAGUAGCAUCGAGAUACAUUAACAAGAACAAUGGAUUCGUAGGAAAAGGUGUCAGCACCAAAAAAGUUCCCAGGAAUAUUAGUGGCAAAAGAAGUACUGGUGGAACAACGGAGAGGAGAAAGAAUUAUACUGAAGCAGCUGGAGGUGUGGCUCUUCCUCUUCCUCCUGCUGCGGCAGCAACAGCUGCUCCAAUUGAAUGUAUACCAAAGUUGAAAGAGUUCACGUUAGCAGAUCUGAAGAAGUGUACUCGAGAUUUUCGACCAGAUACAAUACUAGGAGAGGGAGGUUUCGGAAGGGUUUUCAAGGGCUGGGUCGAUCCCGUCACAUAUGCCCCGUCUAAGGUCGGCGUUGGCUUGGCCGUCGCAGUCAAGAAGUCCAGCGAAGACAGCUAUCAAGGUCACCAAGAAUGGCAGGCGGAGGUGAAUUUCUUGGGGAAGUGUCAUCAUCCAAACCUUGUGAGGCUGCUGGGACAUUGCUGUGAAGAAAGCCAAUUCCUUCUUGUCUACGAAUAUAUGCCGAAAGGCAGCUUGGAAGGCCACCUUUUCAGAAAAGGUCAAGAACCACUUCCAUGGGAAAUAAGACUAAAGAUAGCAAUUGGAGCUGCGCGAGGCCUUGUUUUUUUGCACACCUCAGAAAAAGUCAUCUACCGUGACUUUAAGGCCUCCAAUAUUUUGCUCGAUCCGGCCUACAACGCAAAACUUUCGGAUUUUGGGCUGGUGAAGACAGGGCCGAUGAAUGGAAACUCCCAUGUAACCACACGUAUUAUUGGAACUCAGGGAUAUGCAGCUCCAGAAUAUGUCGCAACCGGGCACUUGUACGUAAAGAGCGACGUGUAUGGUUUCGGUGUCGUAUUGUUGGAGAUGCUAACGGGAUUACAGGCAGUUGACAGUAAUCGGCCAUCUUGCGCGUACAGUUUGGUAGACUGGGCGAGGCCGUCGCUUCACAAGAAAAAGUUGCUGAAGAAUAUAAUGGACCCAGGGCUUGGAGAGGAAUACUCGUUAACAGGUGCCUUCCAAGCAGCUGAGCUUAUUCUCAAAUGCCUAGAACCUGAUCCUAAAAGCAGACCUUCCAUGGAAGAGGUUUUGACAGUUCUGGAGAAGAUUAACGAAAUUAAGAAGAAACCAAAAAGUACAAAAUCCAAUGGGAGAGGACAUGAUCAGGAACCAUAUUCUUCAGCACAUAACCAUCAUAGUAGUAACAGGUCUCCAUAUCACCAAAAGAAUGGCGGUGUUAGCGCUAGUUCUCAACAUCGUGUAUACUAAUUAAUCAAGAUUUGUAGCAUUGUAACAAGUUUUGAAUUGAGGUGUUUUUUCUCCUUGUAUUGUACUUAUCUACUUUGUAUUUCACGCAUUGAUGUUUUAUCAUAUAUAACUAGUUUAAAUUGUGUUAUC